UAGUGACCUAUGUGUAAUUACCCAAAUCUUUUUGGGGCAAAUCGCCAUCAUUAAGAAUCAAAUCAAAAGCCCUAAAAACAUCAGCACAACCCCCCAAAAUCAUUCAAAAAAAUCUCAAUUCAUUGAGAAACCCAAAAAAUGGGACUAAAUUUCUUGAGAAGCUUAGCUAAACGCCCUAAAAUUCAACAUUCAAAACGUUGUUUCACUUCCAAGAAUUCAAUUUCCAGAAUAUGGACAGGUUCUAAAUCUUAUAGUAACAAUUUCAAUACAAAUACUGUUACUAAAACCCCUUCUUUUUCAUUUUUGUUUCUGUUUCGAAAAUCAUAUUCAUCUUCAUCUUCAUCUUCAUCUGCGAAAACCCAAGUGGGGUUUUUGGCAUGGUAUUUAGGAGCUCUAGAAUCUCGUCCAAUUAUCACGAAGAGUAUUUCUUCGGCUAUUAUUUAUGCUGCUUCUGAUGUAACGUCACAGAUGAUUACGAUGUCACCUUCAGAUUCUUUAGACAUAAUUAGGACUCUGCGAAUGGCUGGCUUUGGGCUAUUGAUUUUAGGAACAGCCCAACAUCUUUGGUUUAACUUUGUGGCAAGGGUAUUGCCAAAGCGGGAUAUCAUUAGUACGUUGAAGAAGCUGUUGAUGGGACAGCUUGGUUUUGGGCCUUUGAUUAAUUCUGUUUUCUUCUCUUUCAAUGCUGCUCUUCAAGGUGAGAAUGGGGGGGAAAUCAUUGCAAGGUUGAAGCGUGACCUGCUCCCAACAAUGAUGAAUGGCCUUAUGUACUGGCCGUUGUGUGAUUUCUUGACAUAUAAAGUAAUACCGGUACAUUUGCAGCCACUGGCCAAUAGUGCAUUUGCAUAUGCCUGGACGAUAUAUUUGACGUAUGUGGCCAGUUCAAAGAAAGCUGUUGAUGUUUAGUUUGUUACUCAAAAGCGGUCAAGGAUAGAAUUGAGAUCAAAUUAUUGCUGAUCAGUACUGCACAUAUGGAGGAGAUCAACAAUGAUCUCAGGAUGGUGUAGAAUAGGUCAAGGCCCUUGACUCAAGGGUCACAAUUUGAUUCAUUCUUGCAUUUAUAUUUCCUUAUUUUCAAUUUGCAGUGUAUCGACGAAAGAAGAGUCGUUGAUAAUAUGCUUCGCCUACAUUGUUUAAAUGCUGUACUUCUCGUAGUGUUUUUCAACUUUUGUAAUGCUGUAGAGAAACAUUAUGCUGCUU